AUGUUAGGUGUAGGCGACGCCACUCUGCCACGAUUCUAUUACGAUCCACUAGAAGACAGCUGUUUACCUUUCAACUACACCGGGAUCGGUGGCAAUGAGAAUAAUUUUGCCACGAAAGCCCAAUGCCAGAUAAAUUGCCCAGGUUAUCGUGGUUAUUGUCCUCAUGGGAAACCCCAUGUAGUGGGUGGAGUCAUGACCAAAUGCGGUAUUGAUACAUUCUGUCCUCUAAACCAUGUUUGUCACGUCAGUAAACGGGAUUCAAUCAGCAUUUGCUGCCCAGAUCCAGGUCUAUGUGUUCAAUUGGCGUGUUAA